AAAACCUUGGGCGAGUAGCUCAACACUUCAGCUUAGAACCAUCUCUUACCCCUCUCUCUCUCUCUCUCUCUCUCUCUCUCAAACUCCCUCAUAAUCUCCCAACUCCUUCCAUUGGCCUUCCUUAGCAAGUAGCAACCUUACCCAGCUUCAAAUCAAUAUGAAGAAAGUAGUGUUGAAGGUGGAACUUUAUGAUGACAAAAUCAAGAAAAAAGCUAUGAAAGCAGUCUCUGGCCUUUCAGGUGUUGAGUCAGUCUCUGUGGACAUGAAGGACCAAAAAAUGACCUUAAUUGGAGACAUCGACCCUGUUAAGGUAGUGGGCAAGUUGAGAAAACUGUGUCAUGCUGACAUUCUUUCAGUUGGACCUGCCAAAGAGGAGAAGAAGGAUGAAAAGAAGAAAGAAGAGGGAAAGAAGCCAGUAGAAAAGAAAAAGGAUCCAAAGGAAGAAAUGGCUGAAAUUGUCAGGGCCUAUGAAAACUAUUAUAGUCAAAUGAGACAGCCAAAUCCAUAUUACUAUUACAGAACUGUGGAAGAGGAUCCUAAUGGCUGUGUUAUCUGCUAAAGUCUUGUUGUUUGAAAGAAAAUAAAUCAGAGCAAGAAGAGCUUUGGUUCAUUUGGAUUUUCCCUUUUUUCUUCUUUUAUUUGUUAGUUUUAGGAUUUUAGUUCAGAGAAAGAAAAAAAAAAGUUGUCUGUAGGCUGAGGAAAGGUGAUCUGUAAAUUAUUUUGUGGGAUAGCAAUAUUUUAAAUUUUGUCGGUCUUCAUAAUAUACAAUGUAUUCAAAGUUCUGGUUGUGUUAUCUUUCAAAUAACAAUUGAGAAAUUGGUUUAAUUUCA